UUACAGUCAGGAUUUGUUCCUACCUUUGACGUAUUGGCAGCCCAGCACAAUCUGGAAUAGCUGAUGUUUCACCCUUUUCCAGGCAGGGUAGUUUUGAGUCUAAACCCCUAUUACUCUGUUCAGGGCUUUGGAAAGUAGAGUAAGGAGAAAACUUGGAAAAUUUCAUUAAGGCAUCAAAAUGUCACAAUCUGGAAUUAGUAAUAAAUAUUAUCAUGGGCUUUCUUUGUUGGAAGGGGGGCUCUAAUGCAAAUUCUUAAAUCCACAAAUGUGGCUGGAGUUCACAGCUCAAGGCAAACCUUGCAUGUGUAGUGGAAUCAAGAUUGUAGGCUGGUGCUGAUGGCUGUUGGAUGCUUUUUGCUUUGCUAUUUAUACCUUUCGCACAUGCAGCUCAUUCUCUGUGCUGUGAUCUGUUUGUGUCUUCAAAUGCAGUAGGCAUAUAUACCUGAGACAUCAGGUGAAGUUACAUCUCAACACUUUUUGAAACAUGACGUCUUUUCAUAACUGCGAGAUGAGGACUAAAGCUUGCUUCAGGGUUGAGAAAGAGAGUUGCCUUUAAAAGCUACUUAGGGAAGAGGCCAACAUUUAGUCUGGCUCAGGCUGUUCAUAUAAAACUUGGAAAAAAAUAAAUGAAAACAACUGAUGAGUCCAGAUAGAAGCUGAUGAUCUGCUCUGAAGUCAAUGGGAGCUACUCCAGGGACUGCAAGGGGAUACUGCAGUGGAUCUGAAGGUGAUAUAAGAAAGCAUUCUCCUGUGCUGCAGACUCCUGGAAAGAGAAGCCUCCCUGCAAGGCCAACCCUGAAGAUGUGGACUGCCAUUGUAUUCUUCCUACUGAUUUCCUUCUGCAUAUGUGAAAACAGAUUUUCUGUCCUGAAAGCCAGAGGGGUGCAUGUAGUGCGAAUAAGCAGGCUGACAACUGAAAAGCAAUGCAGGCAGGCUUGUAAAGGCCCAGCUGCUUCAGGUAACCAUCAGUGCAACUGGGCUGUGUCCUUCCAGAGUCACUGCGUUCUCUUGCGGUGUGACUGGCUAAGCAUGUGCCAGAAUGCUGGAGAACAAGACAUCAAAAAUCUACUGGGAGUUGUCUUCGGGGAAAGGGAAACUGUCCUGUUUCACCACCAAAGCUAUCAACAGGAAAAAGAGAGGAUGGUAAAUGCACAGAUGAAACAACACAACAGAGAAAACCUGUUUUUUCCAGCCACUCGGGCUUACAGUAUACACUUGAGGCAUUUGCUUGCUGCUGACUCAACAAAUACAGGAGCAACAACAAAUGCAAGUAAUGGUACCACCACCACAGUGACUGCCAGCACUACCACAGUCGUAUCAGCUCAUACAAAUAUGACUGUCCUCACCACAACUUCUAAAACAACUACAAAAGCCUCUGAUGCCUCUGGAAGUCUCCAGGCUACAGCUAUGUCAUCCACUGUCUUUUCUCCCACUCCUGCUAAUGUUACUGCUUCCACUUCCAGCAACAUCACCAAGCUUCCGAUCACCACUGAAAACUUAGGAAAUAGUAGCUUUGGCUCAGUACAGCCUCCUUCUCCCACUUCAGCUUCUCCCCUUGCUGCCACUUCUGAAGCAGGUACUCAAAUGAGUGAAACACAGCAGUUUAACCCAGCGAGCACUUCCCGCUCCAGUAACGUCACUUCUGUUGGAGUUGGCCUGACAACACCAAGCCCACCAUUAACCACCUCCCCACCACAGGGUGCCGAGACCUCUGCUGCACUCACCCCCUCUGUGAGUCCACGUUCUGUGAAGCCAACAACUGUAACAUUGCCAAAAACAAGUAGAGCCCCAACAUCCUUGAUCGAAUCAUCUUCUUUUCAGGAUUCCACGAAGGAUGCCAUGAUUUUAACUAGUGGCCCUACAGCAGAAGCUAUGACUGAGCAUGGAAUAAAGUCAACAUCUCACAUUGCUUCAACUAAGUAUACAACCACAGCUCCAGCAAACGCACCUGAAACAGCAACGCUGAGCAUUGCAGAAACUCAGGGCACAAACAGUGAAUAUCUUCUCAUCGCUGCUGAGCCUCUAACUCAGUACUUGGUGGAUAAGAGUUUGCUUCUUGCAGUGCUUUUAUUUGGUACAUUUUUUUUCAUAACUGUUAUAGUUCUUCUUCUUGUGCAGGCUUAUGAAAGUUAUAAAAAGAAGGAUUAUACGCAAGUGGAUUACCUGAUCAAUGGAAUGUAUGUGGACUCAGAGAUGUGAAAAGGUGGGGAUAAAGUAACGGGUAAGAGAGCUGGAAAGGAGGUCGAAAACGUACCCGACUUCUUUGUCUUUCCCAUUCGCCUAUAACACAAACUGAAAGUGCUUCCAAAGUUACUUCUGGUGCAAUUUAGGAGAAAUGCCAUGUACUGUAUUAAGAAAAAAAAUAUAUUUUUUAUUCAACUGCAAGAGAUUGCUUUAAGAAUAAUCAUUCUUAAAACUUUUCAGUAAUGCACAAUAGCUUUGGCCAUUAUUUUUCAUUGCAAAGCUAACCUAUCAAGGGGUAAGACAACAUCCUCUGAAAAUAACAUGGUGCUUUUUACACUGUUGGAGUGCAAGUUCAUCGUGUUUCAUUGGCUUCGUGUGCUCUUCCCUGGAAACAAAGCAAAGGAUGCUCUCAGCUUUUACAAAAUGCUCUGGCAUCACUAGAUGAGAAGUAUGAAGUAUUGCCACAACAGGGAACUUCUAAUCCAAUGUCAUGUUUCGGUACGCUUCUUGCUUGUUAAGAGGUCUGUUUACAAGGCAUUGUAAACACUGUUCACUGCUAACCCAAGAUAUCUUUUCACCAUGGAGCAGAUUACUGUGCCUCUGCAUUUACAUGAUCUUAUUUUUGUAUUCAUUCAAUAAAUGGGGCCCUGGAAGGGCAUAUCUUGUUGCA